AUAAAUGAUGGGAGUGCUACGCAGCCACCGGAGCAAGCGCCCAGCCCAGGUCCUCAGGACUAGAGCAGCACCUCACAGCAGAGAGAGACCCGCCACAUCAAAGGUGCACCCAGGGGUGAAGGAUGCCACUCUGGGUGUUCUUCCUCGUGAUCCUCACCCUCAGCAGCAGCUCCCAUUCCUCCCCACUGCCCUCCCUGCCCCUCAGGAUGAGGCGAUAUGCAGAUGCCAUCUUCACCAACAGCUACCGGAAGGUGCUGGGCCAGCUGUCUGCCCGCAAGCUGCUCCAGGACAUCGUGAGCAGGCAGCAGGGAGAGAGAAACGAGGAGCAAGGAGCAAGGCUACGGCUUGGCCGUCAGGGGGACAGCGUGUGGGGAGACCAAAAGCAGAUGGCAUUGGACAGCGUCCUGGUGGCCCUGCUGCAGAAGCGCAGGAAUUCCCAAGGAUGAAGCCUGCACCUGUUUUAGGCUACU